AACUGAUGAUAACACGCCGAACAAGAUAGAAUGAAGGAGCGCUGAGUUGUUAUUUUUUUUUUCAUUUUUAUAAUCCCUAAUUUCGGCUGGUGAAAAUAAUGUCCAACUCUAUGGAGUAGCGCGAUGGCUGUCGAAGCUGUUCACUGCAACUUGAGCCAAAAUGGUAUUGACCACCAGCUGCGUCCUGAAGACAUGACAUCUCAGCUGGAGGAGGACGAGGAGUUGGUGAACUGUGAGACUCUCCUGCUGGACGAUGACAGCCCAAGCUACCCCGAUAUCCCCCGGCCUUCGUACCACCGCCGUUCCCCACCACACCGCUCUGUUUCCGAGUCCGAGCUGACCCGGCCUGGAUACGUGAAGCUGUCCAAACCAGUGGCCCUUUGGACUCAGCAGGACGUUUGCAAAUGGUUGAAAAAGCACUGUCCCAAUCAGUAUCAGAUCUACAGCGACUCUUUCAAACAGCACGACAUCACAGGACGAGCCCUCAUGAGACUAACGGACAGAAAGCUGGAGAGAAUGGGGAUCAUACAUGAAGCCCAGAGGCAGCACAUCUUGCAGCAAGUCCUGCAGCUUCGUGUUCGUGAGGAAGUCAGGACUCUUCAGCUACUCACGCAAGCCUCUCUGGAGUGCACGCCGUCUUCCCCGUAGAUUGAUGGAAAAGGCCUACCCGGUCACGGAACGAUGAGGACGCACACCGCGCCUCCCCUCCCAUCCAUCUAGAGCUUCAUUCUGGAGCAAUCAAAGUUCCUCGUCUUGCUCUUCAGGUGUCUGUCCAUUAUUUUUCCCUCCAAAAAGACUGAUCUUUGGAAAAAAAAAGACCUUUCCCUCCCACCACCCACUCCUGAAAAUCUCCCAAAGCUUCCGUCAAAAAGCUUCCUCUUAGUGGAACCGUCCUCAGACUUUAAGUGCUACAACUUCUUUCAAGCAUGACUGAGAUUCACACAGACUGUAGUGAUUUGCACAUUUGUUUUAAGAAUAUGACCAAUAUGAAGGAAGUUUUUGCACCAUUUCCUCCGUAGUUGCACAAUAAUUCCAGUGUCUCUUCCAGUAACACGUCUCCGUGGCAUGGUAGCCUCUCCAGUCCAGCACUUUUCUCCCAUGCAUCCUCCUCUGCUGAACAAGCUCCUGCUUCCACUGAAGACAUUCUGCAAGCCAGAAGGAGAAAAAACCCAAAAAAGGCUGCUGACAGGACUGCACACCUCCCGCUGCCCUUCUUUUUUCCUUUAUUUUCAAACUGCGUUCUUGGAAACACAAGAGAGUGACACAUUUUACACGCCCGUCUGUGUUUGUGCUUUGUUCUCUCUCAUUCUGUGAAACGGCCUGUCAAAAAGUGUUAGAUGACGAGUAGUGAAGUAUCCAUAUCUCUCUAUGCUUUAUGCCGUGUCUAUGUUGUGAACUAGCCUUUGCAGGGCGAACGAUGGACCUGGAGGAACACAAGUUGUGAAAAAAACUGAACCUGGCUUAGUAUCAGGCAGAGGUCACUGGAAAAACCAAAACAAUUCAAGGGAGAUGCUAACAGGAAAUCCCACGAUUGUCUCUAAAAGCACGGUGCUUGGAUUUAGGAUUUGAAAUUAAUUUGGCAACCCAAUGGGUGGGGGGGGCAGGAUGUCAGGAAGAAAAAAGGAGACGGGUCCCUGGGACCGAGGAAAUGUUUUGACUUGAGAUUCUUCACUUUAAUGAGGAGAGGAAAAGAAGAAAAGACGUUACAGAUGACAAAUGAGGAGACCCUUUUUUUCAUUUCCUCUCUCUCGCAUUGCUUUGUCUGCUUUUCCAUCUCAGUGCUUGAAACUAUUUUUAGAAAAGUUAUAUUCAAGAACUGUAGACGUGCUGUUAGCCGAAGCUCGUCAGGCUGUUACUUGUUACUCGUUACCAACCGAAUCCAGCGCCUUGCAAAAGUGUUUCAACUUUCUUAUGUCGCUUUAAAACCUAAAGCUUCAGGGUUUAAUUUAAUGGAUUAACACAAAGUAGUGAAGAACUGUGAAGUGGAAGGAGCACAAUCUUAACGAAUACAAAUCUGAAAAGUGUGUAGUGUAUUUUUGCACCUGCAGACAGAAUUCUUGGUUUCUUCUUUGAAUAAUAGUUUUAAUGUCAUUCCAAUCAGAUGGAAAGCGACUCUGAGCAUCCAUUUUCAAAUCAUUCCCCAGACUAUUUUAUCAGUUGUGGGUUUUAAUUAGACCACUCUACUCUAAUGCAUAUUUAUGUUUGGAUCUAAAGCCUUUCACUGUCGCUCUUAUAGCUAAAAAAAAAAAAAAAAUUAGCUUUUUAAUCUUUGCUGUCAUCCCUACAUUGCCUGUUCAAAUUGCAUGAUUUCCAUAUAGGUCUGAUUUGUGGAGCUAACAACAAAUGUUAAUCUCAUAAACAGAUUUUUCCACAUGAGCUGUAGAUCUCUGCAGUUCCUCCAGAGUCAAUAUAUUCCUCUUGACUGCUGUCCUGAAUUAUACUCUAAUUUUAGGGGAUUACAUUAUUUUCUGUAAAAUGCUCAAACGGGUUUAUGCAGGACUCAUCGGAUAUGUUCCUUAGUCUUCAUGACGGUUCUUGUUGAGAAACCUCUCAGUCAGGCUUUUCAACAACAGUUCAGUUUAAUCUCCAAUUGUACAAUUAUGUAUAGAUUAUAUAAUCUGAGUUGGGCUCUCCUCAUUUUACUGAUGAGGAGCUUUCCAAAGGAUAAUUGCAUCACAUGAAAAUGCAUGGACUUUUCCAGACUUUUAUUUGCAAAAUAUGCUAAAGACUCUAUAAUAUUCUUCCACUUGACAAUUUAGUGCAACUUUGUUUUAGUCCAUAGCCAAAAAUCCAGAAAAAUUCCUCUGAAGUUUAAUACCAAAAGCGUAAAGUGAAAACUUUUGCAAGGCUGUGCAUCAUUUCAAUGUAAUGAGCCACUUAAACCUCAGCUAUAAAUGUGAACUAUGGCCACUCACUGUUGAUAUUAUAGGCAUUUAAUCUGCAUAUAGAAGCACACGUGUCUGUAAUGAAGCAAAACUGUUAACAUCUCUGCUACUAAAUGUGUCACAGUGUAAAUAAGACCUGUAGCCUCCAGUAUAAUGAGCCUUCAAUGUCAGCUACCAGUUUCUAUAUCAGAGGGAUAUUUAGCAAAAGCUUUUAUCCAUGCUGAUGUAGCAUGAGUUGGUUUUUCUUUAAAUCCUGGAUGGGAGCAUGUUGCUGUUGCAGUCUAAGGGAAGAAGCAGAGGUCACAGUUGGCCCCCGGGAGAUCCCGCUUUUUAAUGGGAUUUCAUUUGUCGCACAGGUCCCUGUGCGUCCGCCCAUUCAUUGUUGGGAAAGCAGCCGUGGCCUUCCGAGGCAAAGAGCUGCCUACAGAUUGGAUGGUAUCGAUCAGUUCUCCUGGACGCGUACAGUCGGACCGAUGGGGAUUACAGAAUCCUCCAGGAGUGCAACGUCCGCGUGAAUGCAAGCGUGUGUUGGAGAAAUGGAGUUUUGUCGGGCAGAAACACAGGCGGUUAUUUCACAGCUGGGGGGAGAUGUCGUGUUGGUGUGUUUCAAGGCCACAGCAGGAAGGAAAGGGAUGAAGCUCAAAUUGGAAUUUCACCACCGGCUGAUUUCAAGCUGUAGAGUAGAAAACAAAGAUUGAUGGGGGAAAUCUCGCUGUAGAGUGAGAGCUGAUCCAAUUCCUCUAAUUAUUACCAGUUUAAAGUGGCAAUCUCAACUGCAGCAUCAUUGCUUCCUCUAUUGCUUUGUUCAUGGAGAAAAAAAUCACAGCAAAUAUCAUCUUAUGGUAGUUUACAUGAAAAGUGAUCUGGUUCAUGCAGCUUAAUCCAAUCAGAUUAUCUGAUUAGAUGCAUUUAAUUGUAGCCAGUUUAAUCCAGUUACCAUAGAAUACAAUAAAAUUCAGUCAAUGCCAACUGGUUAUCUACUGUAGGCAGCCCGGCUGAUUGCAUCAAGUCAUUGUCUUUGCAGUAGUCCCUCAUCCUUUGUAACCAUGGUGACAGUGUGACCUUCUCAACCCAAGAUCAGAAACCAAAAACAAGGCAGAGAUAGAAUGGAAAAGAAAAUCCAUAAAAAUCAACCAUGUUCCAUGAGAAAAAAGUCAAUUUUUCCAAUUGGAGAAUUUCCACUUUUCAUCAAAACUUGCACUCAGCAGUUAAGUGCAAGAUUAUUAAUUUGCUUGCACCAGACGAUGCACCAGAUUGGUGAAGGACCAAAAUAACCUAAAAUCAUAAAGAGACUCAAUAAAUACAGCUGAACUUAAACUGCAUUUCUGGUUUGACCUCAGGUGGGGAAGAAGGGAAUUUUGGACUUGGGCAGAAUCUACAGUAAUGAAGGAUUUGUUGAACAUUAUUUUUAUAUGAUAUCAGUUGCAUUGUGAGAGACUGAAGCAAAGAAACUUUAAAAAAAUCGUAGAUGUGGACUGGAACCACAUCUAUGAGGAUUACUGAGUGCUGAGCACAGCAUAGAUACGAUACAGUAAAAGGUAGUUUCCCUGCAAGUUUCUGAAAAUCUAAAAUAUUUUAGAAGUGCAAAGAUGAGGCAAACCUAAGUAAAACUGUAAUGCAGUUUUAUGAAUGAUUAUUUAGGUUUUUUAGCAAAAAAAUCAACACAAACCAGCCAGGCUCUUAGUAAAGAUAUGGUCUUAUAGUCUCCUGUAGGGAUCUGUCUUACAGUGGGUAUAGAAAAGCAUCUUACUGAAAAGGGUCUCUGUGUAAAGACCCUUAACCCCUGAUAGCUCCCUGGGCGCCCCACGAUGGCAGCCCACUGCUCCUCAAGGGGGAUGGGUUAAAUACUGAGGUAAAUCUCUCCAAUGUGAGAUCAAUAAUGUUCAAUUAUUAUUAUUAUAAAUCCUCCAGAUCAUUGAGCUUCAACGUGGUCCCAUAGCAUGACCCAACUUCCACCAUGUUUGACUGGUAGCAUUUCCGUUAUUUAUUCAUUAUGUAUUGCCUUGUUAGUGGUAACAAAACACUGAUGUUUUGUGGUCAUCGGGGUGUUUACUGAUAAGGCCUUUGAGUCGUUUUUUAUCAGUGUGGUAUACAACUUUGGAAUGCUCCCACAGAGGCUGCUUUGGCCUUUUUUUUUAUCGUUGCAUUAUAACCUCUGACCUUAAGUUUUAAAUCUGAGGCCUAUCAGCGCUUUCUUGCUAUGUUCGAAUUCAGCGGCUGCGUCCUCCAAGGACCAGGUCUACCUGGACUGGGUUCUUCGGAGGCCGUGAAAAUAAGGAGAUCAGAAGAGUCUGGCUAUGGAAUCGAACAGGUCCAGCUUUCCCCCCUCACCGCCCCUAACUCAGCGUAAACACUGUCACCUAGAAACCAUGACAGUUGACUCACAAAGCUAACUUCUUACUGCUGUUCUUUGGGUUAAUUUUAGUUGAAAAGUUUCAGCAGAAAUACGUAGUUGCGAAUAUCAGAUUCAUAGUCCCCACACUGCAGAGAUAUUGGAAUCUGAGCUUAAAUUACAGCCAAACCUGUUUACACAGAGACAGAUUAAACCUUUUAAACCAAAUUUUACCCGCCACAUAUCUGACUCACUAACCAUUUAAAUGAACAAUUAAUUAAAUUAAGACAAAUAAUUUUAUUAUAUUAAACUGUACUUCAGAUACAGUAUCCACUGCUGUUCGGCGCCAUUUACCUUUUUCCUUUGAGCACGGAGCAGCCGCUUACUUGGACUCGCAAUGAAUCAUGGGAUACCCAGGGCUUACGUAGGAUGCACUGGUCCCAUCCUUUAAAACGGGAAAAAGAAGGAUGUAUUUGUCAGCUGCAUAACGAGGAGUUUUCUGAACCACACAGGCCUUGGUGCAAUCUGACGUAAUCUGCGUACGAAUCUGGCCUUCGAAGGAUGCAGCUUCCAGAUUUGAACACAGCACAUAUGUAGUUCUGGGGUUUUGUUUGACUUCCUGGUUGAGUUAAAGUGCUCUUUGGGCAGCUAAUUCUCUUGACUCUUCAAGCAGACGGUUUUUGUUUGCAUUUACUCCAGUAAUCUCUGAUCGUAGGAUUGUCUUAAUUUGAAACAUUAAGGAGUGUGACAUAAAAAUGAUGAAAAGAAUUUUGGGGCUAAUACUUUUUCCCAGUAUUGUACACUUAUGUAAUUAUUAGAAGAGACAGAAAUGUAUUUUUUUUAUCUCAAUGUGUUCAGAGGAGAAUGCUUCUAGACACUUCUGUUGUAAAGUAAUGAAAGUGAGUAACAUAAGUGAACAUUUUAGCCAUUUUUAGUGAUGCAGGUUCAACUUAGCUGUGUUUACAAAAAGAAAUUCAUGUUUACAAUGUAUUUGCUCCUGAUUACAUUUAUUCUUGUGCAGAACAAAUGUUCUAUGAACCUGAUUUGUAGCCAGGAUAACAUUUAUUUCUUCCUAUGCUGCAGAUUGUUUUCUUCCUCAUCACUGGUAGCAAAGUAUGGGUUAGCUCUUCCUCCAGAGGCACGAUGGGAACUUUGCCUCAGUGUUUCUGGCUCUGACUUUCAGGUAUAACCAGCUCAAGAUGUAGCUGACGUGGCAAGGUGUCCAGGAACCUGCCUGAACUGGCAGAGCCCACAGUUCUAAUACCCUCUGAGACAUUUGGCACGUACCUGCAGACGCUGAUGCGUCUUACAGGAGGGAACACCAGAACAAACCUCUUGUUGCACAAUAAAUGAGACACACAUAUGAAGAAACCGAACAUGGUGUGGGAUUUACAUAAACAGCACAGGCGCAGCCAUCGGUAAAUAAAAAUGCGAUGGAAUCACAACUCUAGCUAUGAUUUAACACAUGUAGACAGCUACACCUUUACCACAAUCUAAACAGAAAAACAAAACAAUGUUUCUGCCGUGUCGAUGCCAUGUUUUUCCAUUCUGUUAUUUAAGAAAGGCAUGUUAACAGCUCUACUCCCUGUUGAUCUACAUGUAAUGUGCCUAAUGAUGGAUAUUAAUGAGAGU